AUGUGCGAUCAAGAAUUUAGAACACUUCGAGUUGAUCCAAGAUAUCCGUUUCAAAACCAGACCAGAGCAUGCUAUGACAACUACUGUGAUUUUUAUAAAUGCACUCGGCUGCUCGGUGAAGUCGACGACUGUAAAAUAUUCAAACGCUAUUUUGAAACAAUCUGCCCUAACUUCUGGAUUUCUCAAUGGGACGAGCAACGGGAAAAAGGAGUAUUCCCAGGUCCCAUAUGA